AUGGCGGCCUUUGUCGCUCUCGCCCUGCAGCUCCUUCCGAAAGCUCAAGUAGAGGAGGCGGUUGGGGGAUUCCAAGGGUUCUCUUUGGAAAAAGCCAAGAAUGAAAACACCAAAGGAAACUGCAGGGAUGGAGAUGGACCACAGAGGCAGGAGGAAAGCCACACAGCCAAGAGGAGGGAUAAGCCUAUUAUGUCCGAAGGAGGAGGAUUCCGUGAAAUCCCAGUCCAAGAAGAAAGAACCCACACAGGGGAGAAGCCUAUUGACAGCUCAGAGCAUGAAAAGAGAUUCAGUCACAGUAGCAGUCUUAAAACACGUCAAAGAAUCCAAACAGGGGAGAAAACCUUUGAAUGCUCAGAGCAUGAAAAGAGAUUCACCAACAGUAGCAGUCUUCAAAAACAUCAAAGAAUCCACACAGGGGAGAAACCUUUUGAAUACCCACAGUGUGGAAAGAGAUUCAAUCACAGUAGCAGUCUUCAAAAACAUCAAAGAAUCCACACAGGGGAGAAAUCUUUUGAAUGCUCAGAGUGUGGAAAGAGAUUCAAUGACAGUAGGAAUCUUCAAAUACAUCAAAGAAUCCACACAGGGGAGAAACCUUUUGAAUGCUCAGAGUGUGGAAAGAGAUUCACUCAAAGUGGCAGCCUUCAAAAACAUCAAAGAAUCCACACAGGGGAGAAACCUUUUCAAUGCUCAGAGUGUGGAAAGAGAUUCAGUAGAAGGGGCACUCUUCAAACACAUCAAAGAAUCCACACAGGGGAGAAACCUUUUCAAUGCUCAGAGUGUGGAAAGAGAUUCAGUGACAGUAGCAGUCUUCAAAAACAUCAAAGAAUCCACACAGGGGAGAAACCUUUUGAAUGCUCAGAGUGUGGAAAGAGAUUCAGUGACAGUAGCAGUCUUCAAACACAUCAAAGAAUGCACACAGGGGAGAAACCUUUUGAAUGCUCAGAGUGUGGAAAGAGAUUCAAUGACAGAAGAAAUCUUAAAAGACAUCAAAGAAUCCACACAGGGGAGAAACCUUUACAAUGCUCAGAGUGUGGAAAGAGAUUCAAUGACAGUAGCAGUCUUCAAACACAUCAAAGAAUCCACACAGGGGAGAAACCUUUUGAAUGCUCCGAUUGUGGAAAGAGAUUCAAUCAAAGGGGCAAUCUUGAAGCCCAUCAAAGAAUCCACACAGGGGAGAAACCUUUUGAAUGCUCAGAGUGUGGAAAGAGAUUCAAUGUCAGUAGCAGUCUUCAAACACAUCAAAGAAUCCACACAAGGGAGAAACCUUUUGAAUGCUCAGACUGCGGAAAGAGAUUCAGUCGAAGUGGCAAACUUCAAAGACAUCAAAGAAUCCACACAGGGGAGAGACCUUUUGAAUGCUUAGAGUGUGGAAAGAAAUUUAGUCAAAACGGCCAUCUUCAAAAGCAUCAAAGAAUCCACACAGGG